UGUGUUGUUCAAAAAUUUCCAACAUUUGUAGUGUCUCUUGUGAUAAUAUAGCCGAUCGGUUAACGCAAAACCGGAAAUCUUCCCUCCCUGGGCUGGUGCAUCAACCCGGAAGUACCUUUGGAGGUCACGGAAAGAUGGUGCUGCCCAGGUACCGCUGAACCGAGCCUUUGCGAAAAUAAAGUGUUGAUGGAGGUCAGAGAGUUUAUGUCGUCGUUAGUGGCAGGUGGUAUGGCAGGGAUGUGUGUGGAUCUGACCCUGUUCCCACUGGACACUGUGAAAACCAGACUACAGAGUCAGCAGGGGUUUUACAAGGCUGGAGGAUUUCGUGGGAUUUAUGCUGGAGUUCCAUCUGCAGCUAUAGGAUCUUUUCCCAAUGCUGCUCUUUUCUUUGUAACCUAUGAGUGCACAAAGUCUGUGCUGGGUCCAAUGCUAUCUACUAAAGAGGCUCCACUUCUUCAUAUGUUAGCUGCUUCUUUAGGGGAGAUGGUGGCAUGUCUCAUUAGGGUUCCUACUGAAGUUGUCAAGCAGCGGUCCCAAGCUUGCCCCACUCUGGGUACUCAGCAGGUGUUUAUUGAGACAAUAAAACAAGAGGGUAUCCUAGGACUCUACAGAGGCUUUGGAAGUACUGUGAAACGUGAGAUUCCCUUUGCUCUGGUUCAGUUUCCCUUGUGGGAGUUUCUGAAGGUCACCAUUUUGAGCAAUAGUUCACACACAGUUGUUUGGUGGUCAGAGAGAUUUGUUCAAUUCUGUCUGUACACUGGGUUAAUUGCCCUGUGGUCAUGGAAGCAAGAUCAUGCGGUUGAUUCUUGGCAGUCAGCAGUUUGUGGAGCAUUUGCAGAUGCACAGUGGAGAGCAUCCUAAGAAGAUGCAUCACUGUAUGAUAUGGAAACUGCAGGCAGGAAUGUUCUACAACGGGUAGUCAACACUGCCCAAUGCGUCAUUGGAACCAGCUUACCCACCAUCAAAGUUCAAAGUAUACUUAUUAUCGAAGUACAUAUAUGUCACCAAACAUAACCGUGAGAUUCAUUUUCUUGUGCGGAUACUCAAUAAAUCAAUUAUAGAAUAACAACCGUAGUAGAAUCAAUGAAAGACUGCACUGACUUGGGUGUUCAACCUGUGUGCAAAAGUCAACAAAUGGUGCAAAUAGAAAAAGAAAGAAAUAAUAAAUAUUGUGAACCUGAAAUGAAGAGUCUUUGAAAGUGAGUCCAUAGGUUAUUAAAACAUUUCAAUGAUGGGGCAAAUCAAGUUGUAAAGUUAUCCCUUUGGAUUCAAGAGCCUGGUGGUUGAGGGGUCAUAACUGUUACUGAACCUGAUUGUGUGAGCUCUGAGACUCCUGAACUUAAUGGCAGCAGUGCGAAGAGAGCAUGAGCUGGGUGGUGGAGGUCUCUGACGAUGGAUGCUACUUUCCUGCGAUAACUCUCACUGUAGAUGUACUCACUGGUGGGGAGGGCUUUACCAUGGUGAACUGGGCCAUAUCUACUACUUUUUGUAGAUUUUUCCAUUCAGGGCAUUGGUAUUUCCAUACCAAACUGUGAUGCAGUCAGACAAUACACUCUCCAUCACAAAGUUUGUCAAAGUUUUAGAUGCCAUGCUGAAUCUUUGCAAAUUCCUGAGGAAGUAAAGGCACUGCCACACUUUCUUUGUUACUGCACUUGCGUGCUGGGCUCAGGACUAUCACCAAGGAAUUUAAGCUCACUGACCCUCUCCACAUCUGAUCCUCCGAUGAGGACUGGCUCAUGGACCUCUGGCUUCCUUCUCCUCAAGUCAAUAAUCAGCUCCUCAGUCUUGCUGACAAUGACUAAGAGGGUGUUGAUGUGGCACCACUCAACUAGAUUUUCAACCUCCCUCCUUUAUGUUGCUUUGGCCUACAACAGAACACACAGACAGAAACGUGCUGGAAAGGGGCCAGUAACAUCAUGAAGGAUCCCAUCCACCCUGCUGAUGGGUUGUUUAUCCCAUUCCCAUCAGGGAGAAGGCUACAGAGCAUCCAUACCAGGACUACCAGACUCAAAAGCUGUUACUUUCCCCAAACAAUAAUGUUCAUCUACAUCUCCACCCAGUAACCCACCCCUCCACACCCCCAACCACCACUACUUCAUAAUUUCCUGUCAGUCACCUUGUGUACAGACACUCCUGUUCCCAGCGUCAUUUAUGGACAUAAAUCGAGUAUAUAAGUUUUUUCAAGUAUUUAUAUUGUGUAUUUUUUCAUUAUUAUUGUGUUCCUGAUCUUAAUUGUGU